CAGAAACAAGAUGGCUCCCGUGCUGGAGAAGAAGGUCCUGGGCGCCGCCGGGGCUGGCGACACCCUGGAAAAUACCAACGAGGAUGAGGAAGGACAGAACUUAUGGUCCUCUAUUCUCAGUGAAGUUUCCACCCGGUCCAGUUCCAAAUUACCAGCUGGGAAAAAUAUCUUGGUUUUUGGAGAGGAUGGCUCAGGAAAGACCACUCUCAUGGCGAAGCUCCAAGGAGCAGAACACAACAAGAAAGGGAGGGGGCUGGAGUACCUGUACCUGAGCGUUCACGACGAAGACAGAGACGACCUGACACGCUGUAACGUGUGGAUCCUGGACGGCGACCUCUACCACAAGGGCCUGCUGAAGUUCGCGGUGUCGGCAGAGUCUCUGCAGGACACCCUGGCGGUGUUCGUGGUGGACAUGUCCCGGCCUUGGACCAUCAUGGAGUCCCUGCAGAAGUGGGCAGGGGUGCUGCGUGACUGUGUGGACAAGCUGAAGAUCGCGCCCGAGGUGAUGAGGGAGAUGGAGCAGAAGAUGGUAAAGGACUUCCAGGAGUACACAGAGCCAGAGGACUUGACCCAGGGCUCUCCCCAGAGACGGGCGACUGUGGGCGGGGCAGAGGACGAGGAGGUGCUGCUACCACUGGGAGAAAACGUACUCACACACAACCUGGGCAUUCCAGUGCUAAUAGUUUGCACAAAGUGUGACGCAGUCAGCGUGCUGGAGAAGGAACAGGACUACCGGGAGGAGCACUUUGACUUCAUCCAGUCUCACAUCCGACGAUUCUGCUUAAAGUACGGAGCUGCCUUGAUCUACACUUCUGUCAAAGAGGAGAAAAAUCUGGACCUCCUGUAUAAAUACAUUGUGCAUAAAAUGUACGACUUCCAACUCACCACACCUGCUUUAGUGGUGGAGAAAGAUGCCGUUUUCAUUCCAUCAGGUUGGGACAAUGAGAAGAAGAUUGGAAUCUUGCAUGAAAACUUCACCACGGUUAAACCUGACGACCCCUUCGAAGAUUUCAUCAUGAAGCCUCCUGUUCGAAAACUGGUUCACGAUAAGGAAGUGAAUGCGGAGGACGAACAGGUGUUCCUCAUGAAGCAGCAGUCGUUGUUAGCCAAGCAGCCGGCCACACCCACCAGAGCAGCCGAGUCUCCUGCUCGAACUGCGUCUGGAUCUCCUCGACCCACGGGUCGCACCGGACCUGCCAACGUGGCCAGCGUGUCACCCAUGACAACCGUCAAAAAACCCGACCCCAACAUGAAAGGGGCGGCGGCGAAUGAGGGCGUGCUGGCCAACUUCUUCAACAGUCUGCUGAGUAAAAAGACGGGCUCUCCCGGGAGCCCCGGCGCCGGAGGAGGGGGAGCCGGAGGAGCAGGGGUGCAGGGUUCGGCCAAAAAAGCAGGGCAGAAGCCGGUUUUGACUGACGUCCAGGCAGAGUUGGACAGAAUGACACGCAAACCCGACUCCAUGGUAACGGCCAACAACACAUCACCGACGGAGAACGAGGCGUGAACACUGCUACGGCAUCGUCCAUUGAAAACACCACUGAAAAUAAAAAAAAAAUACACACGGACAAAAAAAAAAAAAAAAAACAACCGAUAUAUAUAUGACCAAAUUCCCAAUGUGUACAUCAGUCAACGAUAGACCGUGAUAUUGUCUUAUAUGGCGAGCUGCUGACAGGUAUACUUUUGCUUUGGUGGAAAGGCGUGAGUGAGGAUAUUGGGAAAGGAAGCUGAAGGUGUGACUCGCUUUUUUUUGCAAGGCGUAUCAGGUUAUGUAACGCACGCGCACUUCCUUCGAGGCUGCCAAGUCCCCUCGUCUCCGAGCUCGGAGUUGGCUUUGAAAACAUUUCUACCCUCUCUUUCCAUUUUACAGACUAGAAACGUACUGUGGCUUCUUGUUCAGUGGUUCUUAUGGAAGGAAAGCAAAUGCCGAGAUAUCAUGAUCGAAACGGUAAAAUCUUACACAUAUGCAGUCAAAAUGAAAACAGUACUUGCAAAGGUAUGUAGUAUGUAAAAGAGUAGAUAUAUCGUAUGAUACUGUUGUAUUUAUAUAUAAAUCCAACCUUUUUAUUUUUAUUUUUUUUUUUGUCACUAAAAUGUUUUAAAGGAAAAUCGGCCUAGCUUCUUGACUAACUCUGAACUGCAUUCAUGCCAUGACACUAAUGUGACAAGUCUCCAGAUUUGUCAAUAGCAGGAUAAGGAUAUGCUGCAUUCAAAACCUGAAAUAAAGCGAAUCGAAAUCAAAAUCUCAACAACAGAGCAGUGAAGGUAGAGCAGUGCGAAGGAUUCUGUAAAUACAAGCGAAUUAUUGCAAUAUGAGCUUCGGUUGUUUCUGUGUAGAACGCAGUUAAUUCAUCGUAAUUAUGGAAAUAUUCUCUGAAAAAAGAAAAAAGAAAAUCAUUGUCAGGUUGCAAAGUUUAGGAUGAAGGGUGGUCAUUGAAGGGGCAGGGAGCUUACCUGCUGUAACUAUAAGUGCCUGGCACAUUGUGCUGUAAUAUCAUAGUAGAGAUACAUGCCUGAACAACAGGAAAGGCACUGUAGUAGAAACAAAGACUUUUUUUUCCCAAUUCUGUUAUUCGAGUAAUUUAUAUUGUUUUAUCUUUUUUACUACAAUUCUGUGGUCCUUGCUGAAGAUUGUUUUAAAAGACAUUUUUUGCUUACUGCUGUGGCCUAGAUGAUAUUGUUCAGUUGAGCAAUAGGAAGCAUGCCUUCUUUUUUUUAAAGUAGUGAAGCCACGUGUUUUUAGUAGCUUCUGUAAUGUUAGUCGACCGCGGUGAUCACAUGGAAAGGUUAACCCCGCUGGCAAACCGCAUUAAUCUCGACGUUGCGUGGCCAUACUCUGAUCAAGAUUAUAUCACGGUUAUAAUGGAAUAACAGUACUCAUAAUCCUCAUCAAGAUGACACGCGGUUAAAUUCAAUUUUGAUUUUUUUUUUUUUUAAUAACCGGUUGAUAUCAGAUUUUUAACAUGAAACCAUGGCACUUGAUUUUUAAACAUUCCCUCUUUCUACAUGAUACAGUCACGGUUAAUAACCUGUCUCCCUGUAGGAAAAUGGCUUUGUGCAAGCACUAAGGAGGGUGAGGUCUGCUUCAGCAGGCAGAUGCAGUGAUACCUCUAACUUCAAUUGUAGAGUUCACCUUUUGUCACUCCUUGAGGUCUCUGAGCUCGUCUCCAGAUUGAUCUGGGUUCAGAGAUCAGCCUUGUCUGACUCCACAGUUAGUGGGUAAAUGUUCUUGUAAUGUAUGUCUUUUAAUUGACACGAUUGCUCCUACAAUAUCACAUUCGACACUGUGUAAGAUAUCAAAUAUGUGUGUUAAGGAUUACAGAAAUUCAUAACCUGCUGAGAACAUGUUUGGCUUUUAUAUAAAUUCAUUUUCCUGUGCUCUUUUUUCAGGUAAUGGACUUCUAAAAUUUGAUUGCUGAAGUAACAUUUUCUUAUUUAGUCAAAUUAGCUUAAGAUGUAACCUGUAUUAUCUGUAAAUGAUUUCCCUCUGGUGAGACUUUGACAGUGCCGUUAUGAAAGACAAGCGUACUUAAGUGCUUUUUGAAAGAAAAUAAAAGAAAACAAAAAAACAUACAGUUAAACAGCAACAACAGCAAAGGAAAAGCAGAUAAUUGGAACCUAGAACCAAAGACUUGGAAUGACUGUAUUCUGUGUGUGUAGAAUUAGUCUCCCAUCCGCUUAGCUGGUGGAAAUCUCACCUGCCUUUGCCCUGAUAAUCCAUCAUUCCAAAACACUUUGUGGUUACUGAAGUGGCACAUGUAUGUAGUCUGGAAACCUGAGUUGUUCUAAUUAUGUAUAAUUUUGCUCUUGAAGGGAAAACCACAUGACCAGGAGAUGUGCGCAGUCUACUUUCUGUUGCAUGAACUGAUUUGUUGUUAUGAAAAAAGAAAAUGCUGCCUGAACUUCUAAUUUUGCAGUUGCAAAGCAGUUAUAUCUAUCACUGAUGCAGGACAUAAAAUGGCUGUUGCUUAAUUUGAAAGCACAAUGUUUGAAAGCUGGGAGUAUUUACUUAUGUAUUCUCAAUAAGCACUUGUCAUAGAAACCCAGGUCCACAAGCUCAUAUACCUACAUUAUAUAGCCAGCAUUACUGGUGUCUGAGAAGAGUUGACUAUGCCUUUAAUUUGUCUCAAAAAAGAUCAGUCCUCUAACUCUCAAGGGAACAUUUGUCCAUUUUAAUGACUUUCUGAAGAUCCAACCGUCCUUUUUAUCAUUUUAAGUUUUUAUUUGAAAUGAGUGGAUGCUCCUAGUUCUUCAGAUGUAAUUUAUUCAUCGGUCUACGACAGCGCAUCACCAUGUAACGAACAGUAUUAAAUUCACCUCACGGCUCACAUCCUGUUGUCUGCAGCAUUAGUUACCGAGGCGAGUGUAUCGUAUGCAAACGUCCUAUCGUAAGGUUAACCGAGUUCUACUAUCGAGGCAGAGUUAUCGGCAGGAUGCAAAGAGCGCGUCAGACUGGUUGGCAGGACCUGAAGUGCCUGCUGUCGGUGUCCGGUGGUCUUGGAUGUAACCGAGUGCAAAUGCCUUCCCCAUGAAAGAGUCGCGCUGGAUGAAAGAAAUGAAAGAAAAUCUGGCUACCAUAAAGACAUCUGUAUGUUUGGCUACAGCUUCAAAUAAAACUACAUUCAUGCUGAUGGAUUUCAAAUUUGCACUUCAUUUUUUUCUUUCUCUUUUCCUUAAUUCGAUUGGAUUUCCACAAAAAAAGUAACGAACAACUGGCUUUAAGAUUUUGUUAAACUAAGUUGAAAGUGAUCGUUCUUCAUAGCAAAACCCGAAAAAAUUUGCUUACAGCUUUGUAAAAAUAAAAAAAUGAUUAAAAAAAGCUUCAGCUUUGAGUCCUUUUAUACAAUAUUUAAAGAUCUUUUUUAAAAACCGCUUGUAGGACUAUAUAUGUGUCCUGAGUCUGUUCAACUGAGUUCGAUUGUAUGGUUUUACCCUAAUGCGGUAUGCAGUCAUGUGGAAUUUUGCUUUUAGUCCCGGUAAAACAAGGAAACACGUCUUUCAGUCCUGGCUUCAAUAAAGACGA